GAACCUGUGCUCGUAUAAACAUUGAAAAUAAAAAAUUUCAUUAAAAAAAAGAAAAAUUUAAUUUAAUUUUAAUAAACAAAAAUAUCAAGUGAAUUUUAUAUAAUAUAUUUUUUAUUAUUAAAUUUAUUAAAAAUAAACACCUCUUAUAAAAAAAAAAUAAAAAUAAAAAGACAAUUUUUGAAGCAUUGACGGUUUUUUAAACUCUUUCAUGUUUUUUCUUUUAAUUUAAAUUUAUUUGUAUGUGUAUUAGCAUAUGUGUGUGUACAUAAUAAAAUUAAAAAUAAUUAUUUUAUAAAAAUAAUUUACAAAAAUUUAUUGGUGGAUAUUGAAUGAAAUUAUUUAAAAAAAUUUUGUUAUUUUUUGUUAUUGUUGAUAUUUAAAAUUUUAUAAUUUGCUCCACUAGUAAAGGAAACCUACAAAUACAUUCAUAACAAAAUCAAGAGAUAAACAAAUAAAAGAUAUUCUUUAAAACGGAAUGAUAAAGGCUUGUUCAUAUAUCGAGGAAGCUAUUAUAAAUUAAAAUUAUUUUGAGGAAAGUUACCUGCUAAGGUAUAUAAAAUUCCAUAAAAUAUGACAAAUGAAGAAGUGCUGUCGUUAGCUCCAAAUGGAGGAUGGGGAUGGGUAGUUGUGGCUUCGGUGUGCUUAAUAAAUAUGUUUAACCAAUCAUUAAUGUCAGUAUUUGGUCUUUUGUUUGGAGAUUUACUACAUAGUUUGGGACAAGAAACUACUGGAGCUGCUUUAGUUACUAAUUUAAAUUGCGUUGCAUUAAAUUUCUCUGGUUUAUUUAUCGGUCCAGCUAUUAAAAGUUUUUCUCCAAGAAAAGUUGCUGCUGCAGGCUGUAUUCUUACUUCUUCCGGUCUUAUGUUGUGUGCUCUUUCAACACAAUUAUGGCAUGUCAUAAUAGGAUAUAGUGUUCUGUUCGGAAUCGGUUUAGGUUUAAUAGCACCAUCAUCUUUUAUGGCGAUAAAUUCAUAUUUUUCUACAAAACGUGGGAUAGCAGUAGGAGUAUCAUUAGCUGGCACUGGUUUAGGACAAAUGGUAAUACCACAUAUAGUUAGAUUAUUAUUAGAUCAUUAUGGAUUUCAAAUUACUGUUUUAACAAUGGGAUUUCUUGCUUUAACUGGGCUGAUUGGAGCAAUAUCAUUUCGUCCUUUGGAAGCCCCUAAACAGCACAAUAAUAUGAAAGAAAUGAAGUUGUUUUUGGAUUUAAAAGACAAACCUGACUUUGAGGUAAAGGUUGUAAAAAAUGAAGCUAUUAAAAGUGACAAGGAGUUGAUUGAAAAUAAUACACAAAAAUUGGAACCAAGACAUAAUCAAAUUCUCCGGAAACUUAUAGAAGCAAUGGAUUUGGAGCUUCUUAAGGACCCUAUUUUUUUAAGCAUUAUAAUAGGGAUGAGUUUAAUUUAUACAGCAACACAAAAUUUUGCUAUGCUAUUUCCGUACUUUUUGCAAUAUUCAACUGGUUUUUCAAGAAAAGAAACAGCUAUGUGUAUGUCAGUUUUAGCUUUCACUGAUUUGUCUGGUCGUUUAAUUAUACCAAUAUUAAGUAAUAAAUUACGUGUUCCAUAUAGGAAUGUAUUUUUGUUUGGAACAAUUGGAGCUUUCAUUAGCCGAGCGGUAAUGGCUGAGUCUACAGAGCUUGUCAGUAUAACGAUAGCAAGCUUUUUCUAUGGAAUGAUGAAAGCAGCAACAGUGUUAACAAAUAAUUUAACUAUAUCGGACCACUGCCGACCAGAAAAGUUACCAGGCGCUUUAGGUUUAAAUAUGAUAUCAAAAGGUGUGCUCGUUAUGUCAUUAGGUCAAUUACUAGGAUGGAUGAGGGACCAUACAAAUAGUUACAAAUUAUGUUUACAUGCUCAAAAUAUUUUAUUAGGUGUAACAAUACUAUUUUGGCUACCAGAAAUAUUAUACAAGUAUAUAAGAAAAAUAAGAAAGACUAAAAAUACCGAGCAAAUCAACAACAGCUUUAGUUAGGUCAUAAAAUAUUUAACUUCCUUACGAAUACCAGUAUUUUACUUAGGUUAAAUGUGAUAUUACAAUUUAUUAUUAAAUUGUUAUAAAUUUAGAUAAUUCAAUUUCUUGAAAUUGUUUGAGACUGUAUAAUAUAGUUAUGUAAAUACUUUAGAUAAAUCUUUAUUUUAAUUUAUAUUAAAAAUCACAAAGUUUGUGACAAAGUUAAUCUAAUUAUAUUUUGAUAAAUAAUAUAUAAGUGCAUAUGUAAUAAA